CAGCACCAAUGCGAGGAAUCGUCCAGUCGGUCAGUGAGAAAGACGUAGACAUCAUCAAUGGGAAACUGUUCGACCUGUUUUAAGGUGCCUACCCCGCCGUCAACCAGCGAUCCAUCCAACAUGCCUGAAAUUAAAGACGACACUAUGGAACUGAGUCGUUUAUUUCCGGGAAAUCCGUGUCCCCGGAGUGGACGUCUCUCGUCGAUGGAUGGGAGAAUAAAUGGAAACACGAAGUUACAGCUCGUAGAAGCGACAACGUUGAACAACGUCGGUUCUAACAAUUGCGGCUCUGUGCCACCAACACAAAACAACAUUAGACUGUCACGAGGUUUUUACGCUCUGUUACCACCUCUUGGACGAUCGGGGCCAGCUGCACCGAUCAAUGCUCCUCAAGAGUCCAACAAACAACCGAGGGAACCGUCCGAAUUAAAAAUUAAUACCCUGUUCGAUCAGUACAAGGAUCCUCAUGAGGAUAUAAUACUGGCGGACGGAAUCGAGAGACUGUGCGACGACCUUCAAUUAUCUCCGGACGAGUUCAAAGUUUUAGUACUAGCAUGGAAAUUAAAUGCUGAGCAGAUGUGUCAAUUUACAAGGAAAGAAUUCGUGAACGGUUUGCGGAGUAUGAAGGUGGACAGUGUGCGCGGUAUACAAGGACGCUUGCCCGAAAUCGUACAAGAACUUACCACGAAUGCCGAUCUAUUCAAGGAUCUUUAUCGUUUUACAUUUUGUUUUGGCCUCGACGUUAUUUCCGGACAGAGAAUAUUACCUGCGGAUAUGGCGAUAGUACUGUGGAGACUUGUAUUCACGAUACGUGAACCCCCGUUGCUCGCGAGAUGGCUUGUUUUUCUCGAGUGUCAUCACGUGCGCGGUAUACCGAGAGACACGUGGAACAUGUUUCUUAAUUUUGCCGAAAUAAUCGGCAACGAUCUCGGGGCGUACGACGACGCCGAGGCAUGGCCAAGUUUGUUCGACGAUUUCGUUGAAUACGAGAACGAUCAAAUGAACCAGAACAUUACCAAGGACGAUAUUAUCAAGGAUUCCUUAGCAGAUAAGGAUUAAUUUUUCUCAUUAAUUUUCAUUUUUCUCUAUUUCUACACGUAUUCAUUAAAAUGAAAAAAAAACAUUACUAUUCGUUUCGUUCUGACGAAAUGAAAAAAAAAGUAACAGAACAAAGUCUCGAACGAUCUUUAGAUCAAUUUGUUAAAUAUUUCUCUGGAGUAUAAAAUAUUUUGUAAUUCGUCCGAAACGCUCGUGAUAAAACGUUUCGAAAAUCUUGUUUACUGAGCUACGUGCACCUGGCUCGACGAAUAAAUUUAGUCUCUAUUUUGGCAAUUUUACGAAUUUUCAUACAUUAUAUACAGACUAACGUGGCAAUAGUAUGGACUUUCGUAUUUAGAUAAUAAAAUUAGCAGAAAUAUAUAAAUAUUGGCCAAAAAACAAAUUCGAAAUUUACGUCGAUUUCAAAUUUUGCAAGGUGUACUAGCCCUGUAAGCUCGUUGUCAUGCUGCUGCGAUCUUUGAUCUCUGUAUGUAUCGAUUUCAAACUGUACCUCAAUAUUCAUUAUUUUCAACGGAUUAUCAAUAUGAGUGUUCCAUCACGGGUGAUCUCUUGUAAACUCCAUUUCGGAAUCAAAUUUACAGUAAAAGAAUUCUAUAUAGUUUCAUGUUUCAAUUCCGACUUGAUGUGUUAUCGAUCACUUUCAUCGCGCACAUUGUUGAAACUGGUUGGGAUGACGAAAAAAUACACAAGGAUCAAAUUUGUGGGGCAUUGAAUUUUCUACAAAAAAGUCUGGAGCUAUAUUUUUCUAUCCCAAAUAGUUUGAUGCUGAAUGAAACUCAAAAGAUAAACUGCAUUCUAGACUUGCACACGGUCUCAUGUUGAUGGAGUUUGACAACUAUUGAAGAAUUGGAAAAGUCCCUGGAUUCUUCCGAGGACGUUUUUUAUGAAAUUUUAUGCUUUACAAAAUUGACUCGAUGCAUUUUUGCUCUCCGCCCAACCAUUUAAACAGGAUUCUUAAUACAAGUGCAUCUUUUUAUAACAUCAAUAUAUUUAAUAACUGACCUGAAGAGAAUUCAAUGACGCAACGGUAUCGCACUGUCGAAUUCUGUAUUCAAGCCUAAACCGAAGUUUACAGGAUUAUUCAUUGGUGUUGGUACACCCGGCAUAUCCAUAAUGAGUUAUUUCUUAAUCCCAAUGUCAUACAAUUAUGACGAGCAGAAAAGUAGAGGCGCAAUAUAACUUUUGUAUGUAUUAUAACACGGGAAAAUCGCUAUUGAAGAAAGAACGGAUGCUGCUUCUGUGAUUGCAUCUAUAAUAACGUCAACGUGAUAAUAAACAAUAUAUUUCAUCGAUCUACGUUAUUGAAUAGACAAUUCAUCCGAUAUAGAAAUAUUAGCUUACGAUGUUUAAGAUUACAAUUUUUUCAGAUAUAAUACGAGAGAUUUUGUUGUUGUUUUUUUUAUAGAGAGAAAGAGACAAAAAUCUUUUACACUGAAAAAUAAAGAUUAAAUAAAACGAGGCAGCUCUCGUUUGUAACGAAAUUGAGUGGCGUCUAUUCCGAAGGGGCAGUUUAUGACAAUUUUUAGGUUAAUUACAUAUAUAGCCCAAACGUGUGAUACGCUCAACAAUUUUUACGCGACAAAAGCUUUCGAUCUCCGUCGCAAGAUCAAUUGACUUUUUAGGUUAAAAUUAAAUAUCCGAAUGGGCUGUUCUUCGUUGUUUUCGAGCUCGUACGUGUGGGUUCGAAAAUCACUUAGACGAAGUUUUUUCACAUCGAUCAUCGCUGCACCCUUGUUUUUCCUCUUAUCAAUUUGUUAAACUUUCUAUUCGUCGCGUACGUAAACCUGCAAUGGUCUAAUCUUCGCCAAUCUCCGAUUUUUCGUAACGCGUGAGUUGGAGUUUGCAUCGUUCGAAAUCGUUAGAGAUCUCAUUUAAUUUUAAACGGUGCAACACGUUUGUGAAUGUUGAAACGAAUGAACGAAUUAACGUCGUAUUUUAACCGAUGCAAACUUUGAUAUCACAAUCGUUCGCUACUUUACGAUAACAUAUACUCAUGCUUUAGAAGUCUACGUUUUAAAAAACAUUUUUCGAUAUUUUUAAAAAUUAAUUAAUGUUUCGUAAGGUAAAAAUUGCAUGUUCGUUUGUGCGAUUGAUAACAAUUUCGUUUUGUCCAUCCCAGUGUCCAGACGAAGGAUGACAAAUUUUUUAUUCAAUAUCGAGCGUAGAUGAUAUAAUCAUACCGAGACCAAUUCGUAAUUAUACGGUGGAGUAUAAUUAAACUUUGUGCAUACAUUGAAGGGAGCUAAACCCAAAUAACCCCGAACAAGCCCAAAUAAACAAAAAUAUCUCUAUAAAUAUAAAUUUGUGUGUAUAUAAAGAAAGCUCCAUAGUCACUUUAUCUGUCAGUUUUUCAAUUAGAUCAUAUCAUUUUUUUUUUCAAAUUUUUAUGUCCAAGGGAAAACUGUUUUCUCCAAGAAAUUCCCUCUAAAACAACGGAGAACCCGUUGACGACACGCUGGUAUGGAAAAAUGUACAAAAAUUGAUUCGAUAUUAAAAAAUUUACAAAACAUUUGAAAUUAAUAUUUUACAGCCAUUUUUAAAAAAAGUGGCUAUUCCGUCGAAUAAUUUAAUGAUUUUAAAAAUAUUCUUGUGAUUUCGGAAUAAAAUUCUACGAACAAACGUGUAUUUUCACGGCGUAUAUUAUGUAUGUAUGUAUACCACGACAUAGGCACCGACUAUUCAUUACCAUUGAAAUAGUUAAUGAGGGAUAAAACGUGUAAAAAUCUGAUAUAUUUGCAUCGAAACAGAAUUGCACAUUUAUCGAAUAAAAAUACAAUAAAUUUUA